AUGGACAUUCAGCCCAUCAUCCCCGCACCCUUACGACAGGGCGACACCGUGGCCUUCGUCUCGCCUUCUCUGCGCUUGAACAAAGUUUACACCCAAGCAUUGGCCAGAGCGAAACAAUGUCUGGUGAAGCAAGAAUUCAAAGUACUGAUCAUUGAUGGAGGAGAGCCGUCCGGAGAUUUCAAUGAUCAAAUCUCUCAAAGAUGUGAGGAGAUUCAUGAGGCUUUCCGCCGUCCCGAAGUUAAAGCAAUCAUCACGACUGUAGGAGGCUCGAAUGCCCACGAGCUCCUCCCGCACCUUGACUACCAAUUGAUCAAAGAGAACCCCAAGAUUUUCUGCGGCUAUUCAGACACGACAUCACUUCACUAUGGAAUAUUCACUCAGACGGGUCUGCAGACCUUUUACGGGCCAAUGGCCAUAUAUCCGCUGGGAGAACAUCCGGAGCCUCUGCAAUUCACGGUCGACAAUUUCUUGCGUGUCGUCACCGAAUUAGGAAGUCAGCCAUUGGGUGGCGUUCCUUAUUCUCUCGAAUGGUCGCCUGAGUUCAUUAAAUUCUGGGCCAAUCCUGCCCGGCUGCUGCGCCGUCGCCUUCAGCCAAAUCCCGGUUGGCGUUGGCUUCGGACUGGCUCGGCCCAAGGUCGCAUCUUUGGCGGGUGCCUGGAGCCGAUGAUGCAUAUGCCAGGCACAAAGUUCUGGCCCGAUUUCACUGAUCGAAUUCUCCUUCUUGAGACAUCCGUAGGCGAAAGUCCUGAACAAGGCAUUCCCCUGGAAGUCGUGGCGGCUCAACUCGCAACAUUACGCAACCUUGGUGUAUUCUGGCGCAUCACAGGCCUUGUGAUGGGUCGACCAUACGGCUACAGUGAUGCACAAAAGAAGAGACUUGACCAGGUCAUCCUUGACCAUACAAGGGACUUGGCGUUCCCUAUUCUAGUCGACGUUGACAUCGGACACACAGAUCCUCUUUUGACAAUUCCUCUGAAUACCAUGGUUUCACUUGAUUCAGUAGAUAACUCAUUCAGCCUCUUAGAAGCAAGCGUCCAGCCACCGGAAUAG